AUGUACACCAAUCUGGUGAUACACAAGAGGACUCUCAAUGGGGAGAAACCAUAUGAGUGUGGGGAAAGCUUCAAAAAACCAUAUGAAUGUCUUGAUUGUGGGAAAAGUUUCAAUCGCAAAUCCUACCUGGUGAAACACCAGACAACGCACACGGGACAGAAACUGUAUUGUUCAGAUUGUGGGAAAGGCUUUAGUUGCAAUUCUGACCUGGUGGUGCACCAGAGGACUCACACUGGAGAGAAACCAUAUGAGUGCCCAGAUUGUGGGAAAAGUUUCAGUCGGAAUUCUUCCCUUAUGGAACACCAGAGGACUCACACUGGAGAGAAACCAUAUGAGUGCCCAGAUUGUGGGAAACAUUUCACGCGAAAUUCCCUUCUGGGGAGACACAGAAGGACUCACACGGGUGAGAAACCAUAUGAGUGUCUAGAUUGUGGGAAAAGUUUCCAGUGUAAUUUCCAUCUGGAGAGACACAAGAGGACUCACACGGGCGAGAAACCAUAUGAGUGUCCUGAUUGCGGGAAAACGUUCAGUCAAAGUUCCCAUCUGGUGAUACACAAGAGGAGUCACACAGGAGAAAAACCGUAUGAGUGUCCGGAUUGUGGGAAAGAUUUCAGUAGUAGGUCUAACCUUAUAAAUCAUGUAAGGUUACACAUAGGAGAGUAACCAUUAAAUGCCCAGAUUGGGGAACAUGUUUCACACAUAAUUACUCCUUUAUCAGAGAAGAAAUUACACAUGAGGAAAAAUUUGAUGUUUGGCGGAUUCUUGAAUUUCGUUUCUUGUCUCCUUAGCCCAGCUGUGAAAUUGAUAAUUUAAUUUCUUGCAUGAUUCUUUUUAGAGAAGCAUGUCUUAUUAUUAAACAUGAGGGAGGUGUUCUGAGCUUCCUUAGUUUAACCCAGUGCUGUCAUUCCCCUUCCACAUUUUUUGCCUCCUGAAACCCCGCCUCUUCACCAAAACAGCCAUGUAUAGCUUGUAGGAGGCUUUCAGAGAGCUCCUGGGGGCUGUGGAGGGCAGAAAUGAGCAAAAAAUGGCCUGUU